UUCAAACUAAUGAACGUAUUUUUUUGCACAUUCACAGCUGAUGGUAUGACAUAUUCCUUUGGUCUGUUUUACGAUGAAUUCCUGACAUAUUUCAAUGAGGGCAAAGGUUACACAGCAUGGAUUGUAUCAAUUAUGGUGGGAGUAACAUUUGCUUCGGGUCCCAUAUCAUCAUCAUUUGUAAAUCGUUAUGGCUGCAGAGCGGUUACGAUAGCUGGAUCUAUUUUGGCCUCAUUCUGCAUAGUCAUUAGUAUGUUUGCACAGAAUGUUCUCACCCUCAUUAUUACCAUUGGUCUGGGUACCGGUUUGGGUUUUGGUCUCAUCUACCUGCCAGCCAUUGUCAGUGUUAGUACUUAUUUCGAAGCCAAGAGAUCACUGGCCACUGGUAUUGCCGUAUGUGGUUCUGGUUUUGGCACAUUCGUAUUUGCUCCCCUUACCGAACAUUUAAUUGGUUCGUAUGGCUGGCGGGGAGCCUUGCUAAUCAUUGGUGGUGUGGUUUUGAAUUGUAUCAUAUUUGGUGCCAUGUUUAGACCUUUAGAACCACCCAAACCCAAAAACAAGAAGAAAAUUAUUGAUGGUCAUACCACACCAGCUGAAUUGGAACCUUUAAAGCCAAAUGUCAAACAAGCAGAUCAAUAUUUACAAUUACCCAAGACUGAUGCUAAUGGUGGAGCUUUGUGUAGAUCCAAUAGUGUGGGUCAUACUUUUAAGAACUCGGAUUCCAAACUUAAUGGUUCGGCUAAUGGUAAAAUGGAUAUUUCUGUUGUUUCCAAAAGUACCAGCAAUGAUGACAUUAUUAAGGUUUCAUUGAGUCAACCUCAUUUGGCACAAUUAAAGGAAUCCCAUAGAGAAAAAUCCGGAAGUGGUACUAUGUAUAGACAAGAUAUUUUAUAUCAAGGUUCUCUUACCAACAUACCCGAAUAUGCUCGCUCCCGCACAGACCUUUCUGGUUCUGGUCACAUACAACGCUAUGGUUCAGUUAAACAUUCUUCUUUACACUUAAGCGAGGAAGAGGAAAUUGUAAAAUGUUGUGGCUGCAUUCCCUGCUCGAAAGAAACCCGUGAUACCAUGGCUGAAAUGAUGAAUUUCUCUUUGCUGAAGGAUGUUAUAUUUAUUAUUUUCGCCAUUUCCAAUUUCUGUACCAGUAUUGGUUUCAACAUGCCCUACGUUUAUAUUGUGGCUCAAGCUAAAGCUUUAGAUUUAAGCUCAGAACAAUCUUCUUAUCUUAUUGCCAUAAUUGGUGUAGCCAACACUAUUGGCAGAAUAAUACUGGGUUAUAUAUCUGAUAAACCCUGGGUAAAUCGUUUGUGGAUAUACAACAUCUGUCUAACAGUUUGUGGUAUUGCCACCGCCAUGUGUCCUCUUUGUACAGAUUUCUAUUCUUUGGGUUUCUAUUGUUCGGUAUUUGGUUUUACCAUUGGUGCCUAUGUGGGUUUAACCUCAGUGAUAUUAGUCGAUUUGUUGGGUCUGGAAAAAUUAACAAAUGCUUUUGGUAUAUUGCUAUUGUUCCAGGGUAUUGCCUCGCUGAUAGGACCACCCAUUGGAGGUUGGUUGUAUGACAUUACCUUUUCCUAUAGUCCUGCCUUCAUUUUGGCUGGUAUCAUGAUUGCUGUCAGUGGUUUGGUCAUGUUUGCCGUGCCUCCCAUCCAACGUAUGCAAGCUAGAAAGGCUGAACGUUUAAAUGCUCAAGAAAUUGCUUUAAGCUAGAUAUUUUUGUUGUUUUUAAACAUUAUUAUUUUCUUUUUUUAUAUAGUACAUAUUAGUUAAUCGAUAAAGACUUUAUUAAAACAAUACAAAUCAAUACAAACUUCCUUAAAUUAAAACACUAAAAAAUGUAUAAAACAAAAUAAAUUUUAAAUUUAAAUCAAUAACGAACAUUGCAACAGCUACAGGCAUUACUUAGGGAAAUUAACUAUGAAAUUUAAAAAGUAAAAUUAUAAAUUAAUUAAAUAUAAUAAUUAACAGAAAAAAAACAAACUAGUUUGUAAGUAAAACUAAUUAUUUAAAAAAAAAAAACUGCCCGUUUUUUGGUUGAAUUUUUUUUCUUCCUUCCAAAUUUUUUUUCUUUUUUUAAAUGUAAAUAUAUUAAUUUUGAAAUUUAUUUAAUACAAUUAAAUAGAAAAGAAAAACUAUAAUAGUUUAAUUAAUAAUGUGUUUCCAAAAUGUCUUGCCCAUAUCAAAAGACCUGCAUAUAUCUUAAAUCUGACAAUGGAGCACAAUUAAUAUGAUUUCUUUAUAUAAAGAUUAUAUAAAGCCAUUUUUACUAUAUAAUAAUUUAUG